UCCGAUGUGUUGUCAAUUUGAUUUUUGAUGUGUUGUGUUGAAGCAGGUCGCGAAAUUUUUUCCCUGUCUCAAAUCAAAUUUUUCAUUAAUUUCCAAUUAAAAUAAACUAAUCUUUAUUCCAUUAAAAAUACCCCAUAACCAUAUACAGUGAUUCUCAAUUAAAUUUAUAAAUAAUUUUAAGUGUUUAUCUGUGAAAAUUCUAAAAAAUUAAAUAAAAUUCCAAUUCUGAUUCCCAUCAGUGCUAAGUGAAAAAGAAGAAGAAAAUUUGUGUAUGUGCACCAAAUCCAGGAGAAUAAGGAAGCUGGGCGAAGACGACAACGGCAACGACAACGACAACGUCAACCGCGACGAAGACCAGCUUAGUCUUGUAGAAUUUGGACGGACUUCUAUCUAAAGAAAUAGAAAUUAAAAAAAAAAUUACCACAAGCAACCGGACGACCGCGACGUUCGUUGUCUAAACGUGCGGCGGUGCAUGUGGAUGGAAUUCUUGAUUAUUCCGCCGAGAUAAAUAAUAAGAAACGAUAAACGAAUAUUUCAGCACCUGAAGCAUUCAACAAAAGAAGCAAAAGAAGAAGAGAAUAAAUCGUGACUGAGUAUGCCUCCACUUCAAACCGCGACCGAUGUGCAACAAUGAUGAGGAGCAAAAUAUAUACCAAUUUGCAUAAAUCGUAGUGUUAUAACUAUCUUAUUGGACUGGCGGCGGACCACGAUGCAGAAAUAAUGUUAAUCCGAAACAUAAAUCAAAACCAACUGUGAUUCAAAAAGUCAGAUUUCCAACAAUUAAUAAAAAUAUAAAAAAUACUCUCAAAAGCUUCAUACAAGUUCAAAGUCUCAGAAACAACAUCGAGUCGAACCCAUCAUCAUCAUUGUCGUAGCAUUUGUUUGAAGCAGAAACCAAUGACCGGCAUCGGAAAAACUAAAUUGGACAUUUUUAAUGAGCAAGAAAAUGUCGAAUGCAGACACAACAAGUCCAACAAUAAGAAGCAUCUCAUCAUUUUGUGACUAAACAUUUUCCUUUGUUUGUUAAUGUUGCCCGAUCUGUUGCAGCUACAUUAAAAGAAAUUGAAUUUUAUUUGAGAUUUUGUUGUUGUUUUAAGUUCGGCUUAGAAUUUAUUAUUUUUCGAUUGCAAUUUGCUUUAUGUUUUCUCAUCAUUUUAAAAUCGCUUUUAUGUUCGUUUUUAUGUGAUAAACCGUCUAAAUUCCUCGAGAGUUAAAAAACAAACAACUUAAACGUCCCCUCAUCCCGCAAAAACAAAAAAUAAAAAACAAAAUUCACUAUGACGAACCUAAACGUGUCGAGAAUGUUACGUGGAAGACUACGAUCAAAUACGUGCCGGAUAGUAUUACUUACAUCGCUCGUAUGGGUGAUAAUAGAUUUAAUAUUAAUUACAAAUUACUCGGAUUGUAUAAGCAGCGACGGAUGGCGGUGUAAACGGCCAGGCGAAUAUGAUGUUGAGUUACCCGCCGAAAGUCAACGCCUUGUCGACGAAGACUCAAUGGUAGAUGAAGCUGAAAUAGAUACAGCGAAAAACCUCGACGGAGGUGUAUCAGUGCCAAUCACAUAUCGUAAUACACUUCUUCGUAAAUGGCGAAUGGCGCCAACAGUUCAAGAACAAGUUGGCCAACCUGGAGAGCUGGGAAAACCUGUAAAAAUCCCAGCUGAAAUGAAAGGCUUAAUGAAAGAGAAAUUCAAAGAGAACCAAUUCAACCUGCUGGCCAGUGAUAUGAUGUCAUUGAAUCGUUCCCUGACUGAUGUGCGACAUGAAAACUGCAAAAAGAAAUUUUAUCCAACCAAGCUUCCAACCACUUCCAUUGUGAUCGUAUUCCACAAUGAGGCUUGGACCACACUUUUGCGUACAGUAUGGAGUGUCAUUAAUCGUUCUCCUAGGUCAUUGCUUAAAGAGGUUAUUUUAGUGGAUGAUGCUAGUGAGAGAGAUUAUUUGGGCAAGAAACUAGAGGAUUAUGUGGCGACACUGCCAGUGCGAACGUUUGUAUUGCGAACUGAAAAGCGUUCUGGCUUAAUUAGAGCGAGACUGUUAGGCGCAAAGCAUGUAACGGGUGAAGUUAUCACAUUCUUAGAUGCUCAUUGUGAAUGCACAGAGGGUUGGCUUGAACCACUUCUAGCGCGUAUUGUACAAAAUAGACGAACAGUAGUUUGUCCAAUAAUUGAUGUGAUAUCUGAUGAAACAUUUGAAUAUGUCACAGCAUCCGAUCAGACAUGGGGUGGCUUCAAUUGGAAACUUAAUUUUAGAUGGUAUCGAGUUCCUCAACGUGAAAUGGAGCGACGCAAUAAUGACCGAACAGCUCCACUUAGAACGCCCACCAUGGCAGGUGGUCUCUUUUCAAUAGACAAACAAUAUUUCUAUGAAAUUGGUUCAUACGAUGAGGGUAUGGACAUUUGGGGUGGUGAAAAUCUUGAAAUGUCCUUCAGAAUUUGGAUGUGUGGCGGCUAUCUAGAAAUAAUACCAUGCUCGAGAGUUGGUCAUGUUUUUAGAAAAUCAACGCCAUACACAUUUCCUGGUGGUACAACGGAAAUUGUUAAUCACAAUAAUGCUCGUUUGGUUGAAGUUUGGCUGGACGAUUGGAAAGAAUUUUACUACAGUUUUUAUCCAGGAGCGAGAAAAGCUUCAGCCGGUGAUGUAAGCGAACGUAAAGCGCUACGUGAACGACUGAAGUGUAAGAGCUUUAAAUGGUAUUUGGAACACGUCUAUCCAGAGAGUUUAAUGCCAUUAGAUUACUACUAUUUAGGAGAGAUUCGUAAUGCUGAAACUGAAACCUGUCUAGAUACGAUGGGUCGGAAGUACAAUGAAAAUAUCGGUAUAAGUUACUGCCAUGGCUUGGGAGGAAAUCAAGUUUUCGCCUAUACAAAACGGCAACAAUUGAUGUCAGAUGAUCUUUGUCUGGACGCAUCUAGUGCAAGUGGACCAGUGAAAAUGAUUCGAUGCCACAAUAUGGGUGGCAAUCAGGAAUGGGUCUAUGACGAAGACGAUAAAUCCAUUCGACAUUCAAAUACCGGUAACUGCUUGCAAAGAGCACCACGAAGCGAUGCAAGCACACCACUAUUACGACCCUGUGAUUACACGAAGGGUCAACAAUGGCUUAUGGAAUCGAAAUUUAAAUGGCAAGCCCAUUAAAAAAAAGACACAUUCAUACUAAAAACAAAAAACAAAAAAAUACGUAUAAGAUGAGUUUAGAAGUUUAAAAUUAAAUUUAUUAUUUACUUUUGUUUUGCUUUUACUAUUUUGUUUUUGUUCUCUUAAUUUAGUUAGUAAAUAUAAAUACUAAAAAUCUAUAAACUUUUAUAUGAAAAAAUCAUAAACUCAUCAUCGGUCGCGAAUCAGAAUUGCAAUUAAGUCUUCCUAAAACAUUUCCAUUUAUGUAUUAAUCGAACUUCGGAUCAUUAAAAUAAAAAAAAAAUUAAUGUUUUAAUUUUUCUUUAUAUAUUUACUUGUGUCAUAAUUCAAUUUGCAUUUUAGUUUCGAUUUUAUUAAACAAAAACAUUAGAAACUUUCGAAAAAUCUUAAACCGAAGUAUUUUGUUCUUAAUUUUAUAUAAAAAUAUGGUUGUAUUGUACAGUAAACAAAAGAAAAAGCUUGAAUUCCUUAAUUUAAUUUGAAAAAGGAAAUGGUAUGUGUAAUUAAAAUAAAAAAGCGUUUAAUUUUCUUUAUUAUUUUUUUUAAUAAACGAAAUGAUACAGCGAAAAGUAAUGCGAUAAGCUUCUAGGUCUAGGGCAUCAAUCAGCAAGAUGAUUUUCUUUAACAUUCAAACAGUUAAAUUGUGUUAACACUCAUAAAUGGUCUUUAUCUUGAUUUCCCGCUUUUUUUGGUUUGUAAAAAUUAACAUUUUUCAGAUUUUUGUAUGACCUUUAUACGAAUCCGAGGCGUGAUAGUUAGUGCGUAGGACUGUCACGCCAGAAGUCUUGGAUUCAAUCCCUUCCUGUGCCACCUAUUCAUGUGUACUGCCUUUUGCGAGGAUUUAACAAAUCCUAUAAAAGUAAUUCUUAUCAUGAAAAGUGCUUUCUCAAAUUAGCGGUAUAUAAACUGUAGGUCCCACCCAUCAUUCAUAUUACUUGCACACAGAAAUAGUUGAGAGUUGAAAGUCCUGGUUCUCUACGCGUUCACCUAAUUUUUUUGUUUAUAUUUCGAAUCCGACAUCAGUUAAUCAUACUAGGGUCUUAAGAUAUUAACGACUUUAAAAUCUGUGAACUCCAUUAUUUAAGGCAAUAAAAUUUGAUAGUUUAAUAAUUAUUGUCUUUAAAAUUCAGUUUAAUUUUUUUCAGUAACUUAAAAGUCUCUGAAAAAAACUUUUAUGUCCUAAAUUAAGUUUAAAAAAAGCUUCAAGAUUCACAAUUUAUGAAAAUGUCCGUGUAUUAAAUAUUGAAAAGACUUGAACUUUAAUUACAAAAUAAAGAAUUGUUCUUUGCAAAGUCUGAAUCUGAAUUCAAUUUGUCGCUGAGAACUAUUGUCUAAAUUACUCUAAUUUCAAAAACACCGUUUACAAAAUUCUUUUGAAAAGCGA